AUGGGCAUCGUCAUUUUUGUCUCUGUCCUCAGUGCUGCGUAUACUAGCGUCUACUUCAAAGCCGGUUGCGACUUCUAUUUUGACCAUGAAAAUGGCGUAUGGUCAUUUGGAAGCGAUCCUUGCAGUGUCUGGAUAUCGUUCUAUAUUGACAUGUGCUAUAAUGUCUUUCUCUUUCUAACAAUCAUUAUCAUCGAUAUCGCUACUUUGAUUCAGCUAAAGUCAACAACAAGGAGCAUGCUAUCUCGCUCAGUGCAAAUAGAUGACAAGCAGAACAACGAUAUAUCUUCAAAACGACGAAGAAAAGAGUUGCUAUUGUUUACACAGACGUUUGUAAAUUCGCUAAUGUACGCCUUCAUGCUGCUAUGCUUUCACCUUGUAGCACCUUCAGUUUCGACGAAUUUUCAGUUAUUUCUUUGCACAACAUUGGUUUGGGGACUUUCUCACACUUUUGGAGGUGUUAUUCUCAUCGUUUUCAACCCUGAAGUACGUCGGCAUAUAGUAAACUUCCGCGAUAUCUCGCGUUCGUUACGCGAGCAGGCUACUACCGUAAUCACCGUGAAGUUGUCUCAGCCACUUCCUCAAUCUCAAAAGUUGUAUCAAUGAUGAAUAAAAAUUUGGG